UGAUAUUAUAAACGCGAGCGAGCCGAAAUCGAAAACGAGAAAAAACACGAGUGAAGGCCCUUACAGGAGGCCCUGAAGAUGAGGCCCGCCAUAACAGAGAUCUUCUCUCGUGUGGCGUGUUGCCGGAAAGUGGUUCUCCUGCGUGGUGCAACUCUGCCUGUGCGCGAGGAGUGUGAGUAGGCUAAUUUGCAUUGAAGAGCAUUUUGUAGCCCCUCUAUUUCGAGUUGGAGAGUUGUGCACCAAUAAGGAGGCGAGGACUCCUCCUUGGCGUCUCGGGUCACAAGAACAGACGCAGAGGAUGUGGUAGCCGGAUGCUGCGAGAGCAAUAUCGAGGCUAGCUGGUCCGCGGCGUCGCCUGUCUUCGUUGAGGCCCACCGGUGUGCAUGGGCGCGGCGAAAUGGCUCGGGGCCGGGGGCGGUUGGCCGCCUUCAACCUGUGGCCGGCCGAUUAGUGGCGGAACGGGAGAGCCCCCACUUUGUGGCGAGACAACCGCUGGCGUAGCGAGAAGAUGCCAGGUGUUCACGAGCUCCACAUCGCCGCAGCGCCGGCGCCUGUUCCCGAGCGAGCCAGUGGCCCCGCCAGCGUGGGCAGGCUUCCUCUUUGGCGCGCGUUGUUCUCGCCGCCGCCCCUGGCUCCCGCCCCCGCGCAACCCUAGCCUGCGCGCCCCCGUCCCCCUACGGGGGCAGCAGGUUGGGCCAUCGCCUCGCGGGGCCGGCCCGGCCUUCGCUUUAUUUUGUUAGUUUUCGGCGGCGGGCGCGAGAUUUUGCCCCUCUGUGCCCCUCUGCUGCCUGUUAAGGCCGUGAAAGUAAGAAGGAGCAGGCACAGGCCCGGGCGAGCCGCCUGCGCAGGGAUGUUGGUUGGGGCCCUUGUAUCAUCCGCAUCCGCCGGGCGCCUUGCUUUCCAAUGUCGCGCGCGGCUAGUCGGCUCGGGUGGAUAAUUGCUGCUCCCAAUGGCAGAGCGUUACGUCGCAAAAAAUUAAUUAUGCGAACAGAAUCUGAGUCCAUG